GUUAAUCUGUUCAGUGUAAAUAAUAAAUAAAAAAAAAUUGAUAAAGACAAGAUGGGUUCGUCGAGGCAUAGGGACAGAAGCAAAGACAGGGAUCGGGACAAGGAUAAGUAUAGGGAUAAAGACCGGGAUAGGCGAGAGAAGAGAAGGAGCAGGGAACGAGAUCGCGAUAGGGAUAGGGAACGAGACAGGGAUCGCGGUCGUGAGAGACACCGGGAGAAGGAUAGGGAGGCCGAGAACACAAGGAGGGAACGAGAGAAGCGUAGCAGGAGCAGGAGUCGCGGCAGGGCCCAGACCAGCAAGGAGAAGACUCCUCCGAAGCCGGAUGGAGAAAAAUUGUUGGCCGAGACCCUAGCCACGAUUGCUGCAACGAGGAAUUUUGCAUCCCUCGUCACUCAGAAGAGCGAAGAACCUAUUUGCACAGAAGAACAAGAAGAUGCAAGGCAGAGACGUAGGAAAUCCAGAUGGGGAGGAAGCGAACACGAGAAGAUUUUCAUCCCCGGAAUGCCAACAAUCCUUCCCAGCAAUCUCAACAAAGAUCAGGAGGCCGCAUAUCUACUUCAACUGCAGAUUGAAGAAGUCAGUCGUAAACUACGCUCAGGAGAUCUAGGAAUUCCGGCCAAUCCCGAAGAAAGAUCCCCAUCACCUGAGCCCAUCUACAGCAGCGAUGGUAAGAGGCUGAAUACUAGGGAGUUUAGGACGCGCCGUCGCCUGGAAGAGGAUCGUCACAAUCUGGUCAUCAAAAUGCAGUCUAUAAACCCGGAUUUUAAGCCGCCCGUUGACUACAAACCUCCAGUUAUUAGAGUAAGCGAUAAAGUGAUGAUUCCGCAAGAGGAACAUCCUGAAAUUAAUUUCGUUGGUUUACUGAUUGGUCCGAGAGGCAAUACUUUGAAGACCAUGGAGAAGGAAACUGGUGCCAAAAUAAUAAUUCGUGGUAAAGGUAGUGUGAAAGAAGGUAAAGUUGGUCGUAAGGACGGUCAACCAUUACCUGGUGAAGAUGAGCCAUUGCACGCGUACAUUACUGCUACAAAUCCUGAGCAUGUGAAAAAAGCUGUUGAGAGGAUUAAGGAAAUAAUUCGACAAGGCGUAGAAGUUCCAGAAAACCAAAACGAUUUGAGGCGAAUGCAGCUGAGGGAAUUGGCUCAAUUGAAUGGAACGUUGAGAGAGAACGAUGGGAUGCGCUGCAACAAUUGCGGUGCCAGUGAUCACAAGUCCUGGCUGUGUCCGGAUAAACCGAAUGUUACGAAUAACAUAGUGUGCUCCAGUUGUGGAGCCGCUGGACAUAUUGCUAGGGAUUGUAGACAGAAGAGACCCGGCUUGGGUGGACCGCAAGCAGCUGGCGAUAAAGCUAAGAUUGACGAAGAGUACAUGUCUUUGAUGGCGGAAUUGGGCGAAGGCCCACCUCCGGACUUUGUUCGAAAUGGAGGAGGAUCAAAUUCGUCCGGAUCAUCCAACAGUCGGAAGAAUACUGUGAAUAUGUUUGAUCCACAAACGGCGCCGCGGCAACUGAUGCCGCCUCCACUGGCGAAUCCUCCGAUGAUGGCUGCAAUGCCUGGUAAAUUAAAUGAUAGUUAUUACACAGCUUCACUUAAUGCACCGCCUUCAAUUCCAACAAUGCCUUGUAUGCCACCACCUUGGCAAAAUUCCAAUAUGGGUUGGCAACCAGGACCACCGGGUGUUAUGCCACCACCUCCGCCGCCCGGCGCAUCGAGUCCUCCGCAGAUGAUGCCAUGGAUGAACAAUGCACAACCACCACCUCCUGGAGCUGGCUCGAACGGUGGUAAUCUCAUGGCGCCAACUACAAUGGGUUGGCCGGCGCCGUUCCCGUGGCCACCAGGUUCGUGCCCACCUCCUCCGCCUCCGGGCAUCGACAUGACGAGCCUCCUGAGUGCACCGCCGCCGCCGCCACCAUCGUCAACUUAGUUAAAUACAUUUUCAUUGAAAAGUUAGAAUAUUAAGUCAACAGCAUGUUUAAUUUACGUAAGUUAUUAAGAUUAUGUAUAAGUAUGGCAAAUAAAAUGUAUGUUACAGUUGUGUACUCUUAUCGCUUGCAUUUGUAUGAAGACAGUAAUAUCUGUAUGUAAAUAAUAUUGAUACUACAAGAAAUUUUGAUAAGCAAAAUAUAAACGGAAAAUAGUCUGAUGUUAUU